CUAUGAGGUCCUCAAGGGUCGACCAAUCAGAAUAAUGUGGUCUCAGCGCGACCCAGGGCUACGGAAGUCUGGAGCUGGAAACAUUUUUAUCAAGAACAUGGACGAGUCCAUUGACAACAAUGCCCUGUUGUGUGUGAUGAGAAUGGCUCCAAAGGCUACGGCUUUGUUCACUUUGACACUCAAGAGGCAGCCAAUCGAGCCAUUGAUACCAUGAAUGGAAUGCUGUUGAAUGACCGGAAGUGUGAGUGAACAAAUUCCUACCAAGAGCUAUUUAUUCUAUCCAUAUGGUAUUUGUAUUUGUAUUUAAUUUUUUACAUUUCUUUCAACCAGUCUAUAAACCACCUGGAAUUGAAUGAGAUGUAAGUGGGGAAAGUGCAAAGAAAAUCUGUAAUGGUUUGGGAGGAGGAGGGAAUAUUGAUUUGUUCAACGUUUAUUCAGACCGUGAUAAACGUUUUAGCAGAUAAUAUUUUCAUGUUCUUUGCUCAGGCUAGAGACAUGUAGUGACUCUGGCAAUGCACACCCAAAGGCCCAUUUCCUGGGGGAAAAAUGUCAGUUGUCCACGAUUAGGUGAGGGGAAAUAGUAGACAGUUGUUCCUGUCCUUUUUUUUUAUUUGAAUAAGGUUUGGUCUGAUGGCCAAGUUGAGACUUGCAGGACUUUCUAAAUCAAGCAUUGAAAACAUGCUUAUGCUGAAUGAUAAUCAACUGCCUGUCAAGAAUGUGUAAAAUCAAAGGUUGAUAUCAGAAUCAAUGUAAGUCUCCACACUUAAAACUACUCCACAUCCCAGCAUAUGAGUUUGUUCUUUUGUAUAUAUACAUCAUCCUCUGUUUUCUAUUAAAGGAUUUCUUUUUCUAUAUUUCUAUCUCUCAACUGUCCCUGGUGAUGGGUGUGGUGUUCAGUUUUGUUGGCCACUUUAAGUCCCGAAAGGAGCGACAGGCUGAGUUUGGGGCCAAAGCCAUGAAGUUCACAAACGUGUACAUCAAGAACUUUGGCGAAGACUAUAGCGAUGACAAACUCAAGGAUGUCUUCUCAGCAUUUGGCAGGUCCCUCAGUGUGCGGUUGAUGAUGGACGAAAGGGUCUCGUGGAUUUGGCUUUGUAAACUGUGGAAACCACGAGGAUGCACAAAGGGUUUGUAUAUGGGUUUUAUGGGACUACUCUGAAGUUGCUCCCUUAUGUGUCAUCUCCUCAUCAACCAUUAUAAUGUGAAAAUUGGGAACAUGACAUUUAAAAUUGGGCUUUUUUAGUUGACCUUGACUGCUUUUAGGCAGUUGAGCAGAUGAAUGGGAAAAAACUCAUUCCUGGUCGAGUUCUGUAUGUGGGACAUGCUCAGAAGAGGAUCGAGCGACAGGGGAAGCUGAAACGCAAGUUUGAGCUGAUGAAACAAGAACGCAUCCACCGCUAUCAGGGGGUCAAUUUGUACGUCAAGAACUUGGAUGAUGGGUUAGACGACGAGAAACUCAGGAAGGAGUUUGCACCUUACGGCACCAUCACCAGUGCCAAGGUGAUGACGGACGGGGUCCACAGCAAGGGCUUUGGCUUUGUCUGUUUCUCAUCGCCCGAGGAAGCCACCAAAGCGGUGACUGAGAUGAACGGCCGCAUCGUGGUCACCAAACCGCUGUACGUGGCUAUAGCCCAGCGCAAGGAGGAACGUAAUGCCAUCCUCACCCCAACAAGUACAUGCAGAGGCUGGGCACCGUCGGGACCAGACCACAGGCCCCCUACUCAGGCCAGUUUGUUAGGUCUGCUGUUCCCCGACAAGCCUCCACCACCGUCAGAAAGGCCUCCACCCAGGGUCCACUCAUCAACUACACACAGAGGAUGGGUUGUUACCCAGAUGAUGGCGCUAGCGGUGCACGUCAGUGGCCAGGAACCCCUCACUGCCUCCAUGCUGGCUACAGCCCCUCUCAUGGAGCAGAAAAAGCUGCUGGGUUGUGACUGGAAUGGUAUUGGUGAGUGUUCAUUAAUUGUGAUGGCAGUCUCUCAAUCUAAUCUCAUUCUCUCUUUCCCUUGGUUUGCAGGUGAGCGACUGUACCCGCCGAUCCAGGGCCUUCACCCCAACCUGGCUGGUAAAAUCACUGGGAUGCUGCUGGAGAUUGACAACUCUGAGCUGCUGCACAUGCCGGAGUCACCAGAGUCCCUUCGCUCUAAGGUGAAGGAGGUGGUGGCUGUGCUGCAAGCCCACCAGGCUAAGGAAAACUCUCCUAAGAAGUAAAGAACAUAGACACUGCAAAGAAUCGCUGAAGGACAAAGUUCAAACUAACACAAACAUUUUUGAAAAGUGGGCAAAAAAUAGAUUUUUUUGGUAAAUGGCACAUUUGAUUGAAAUCUGUGAAUUUGAUAAAUAUAUAUCUGUGAAAA